AUGGAGUGGAUUGGUCAAGUGCAAAGAUGGAGCAGAGCAGAGCAGUCUCCCAGGCGAGUGGGAGGAAGAGGAGACCGGUGUGUCUGCAGAGGAAUAAGACCAACAGAAAGCUUUUCACCGCCUGGAAACACAAUGACUAGUGGGGAAAAAAAACAGGUGAGCUUUCAUGACUUUUGCUUCGUCAGUCUAUCUGGAUUAUCUCUCACUAUAACCAUCUUUAAUCUCACAGGUCAGUGCUGCUUCUCGGAAAUGA